AUCGCACCACGUACAUCCUAGCUCGCCGGCGACAUAGAUUGAUCGAUCAUGGCAGCUGGAGGGACAACGUUGGAGCAAACACCGACAUGGGCGGUGGCUUUUGUGUGUUCUGUUAUAGUCUUCAUUUCUUUAGUCGUCGAGAAAUUACUUCACUGCACUGGCAAGUAUCUCAAGAGAAAGAAGCAGAUACCUCUCUUCGAGGCCUUGCAGAAGAUCAAAGAAGAGUUGAUGCUUUUGGGGUUUAUAUCACUCCUGCUGACGGUGUUCCAAGAUUCUAUAGAAAAGUUCUGCAUAUCAAAGAAACUUGCCAGUCAUUGGCUGCCUUGUAAGGAAGAAGAGCCGAAGUCAAAGUCAACGACUGGCCAUUUCCAGACCAGCAGCUUCUUCACUAGUAACCAUUAUUCUCGGCAUCUUCUUGCAGCCAAGAACCCUAAAUCCUGUUCAGAGCAGGGGAAGGUCCCAUUGCUAUCCACAACUGCAUUGCAUCAUCUACAUAUUUUCAUAUUUGUGCUAGCUCUGGCGCAUGUGACUUUCUGUGCUCUAACCAUUAUUUUUGGAGGAAUUAAGAUGCGUCAAUGGAAACAAUGGGAAGAUUCUAUAGAAAGAAAAGAGUACAAUCCAGAAGAAGUUUUGACAGAGAAGGACUUCACUGCCGUUCAAGACCAUGAUUUUAUCAGAGGUCGUUUUCUGGGUAUUGGAAAGAAUCAAGCUUUUAUGGGUUGGUUGAUUGCAUUUUUCAAGCAAUUUUAUGGGUCUGUGACCAAAACAGAUUACAUGACAAUGCGACUAGGCUUCAUCAAGACACAUUGCAAGGGAAAUCCAAAUUUUAAUUUCCACAAGUACAUGGUACGUGCCCUCGAAGCAGAUUUCAAGAAAGUCGUCAGAAUAAGUUGGUACCUCUGGAUAUUUGUAGUCCUUUUCUUGUUGCUGAAUGUUGCUGGUUGGCAUAUCUAUUUCUGGACAUCAUUCGUUCCGUUCUUUCUUUUACUUGCUGUUGGCACCAAGUUGGAGCAUGUUAUAAUCCAGUUAGCCCAUGAUGUUGCCGAUAAGCACAUGGCAAUAGAAGGAGACUUGGUGGUUCGACCUUCAGACGAUCACUUCUGGUUGCGCAGGCCUCGAUUGGUUCUCUUACUCAUUCAUAUCAUCUUGUUCCAAAAUUCUUUUGAACUCGCAUUCUGCUUCUGGAUAUGGGUUCAAUAUAAUUUUGAUUCCUGCAUGAUGGGGAAAAUUGGUUACGUUAUCCCAAGACUUGUGAUCGGAGUGUUUGUCCAGUUCGUCUGCAGCUACAGUACGUUGCCACUGUACGCAAUUGUCACACAGAUGGGAACAUCUUUUAAGAAGGCAAUAUUCGACGAACACGUACAAGAGGGACUUGUUGGGUGGGCUAAAUCGGCAAGAAAACACCAGGCGGAUUUGAGGAAGGCAGCUACUGAUGGCGGCGAUGGCAGUAGUAGUGGUUCUAGCAAAGUCAGACAUGGCAGCAAAUAUUACAGAAUGCACAAAGAAGAGGCAACUUCUGUGUCAAACACCACAUCCGGGAAACUUGAAUUGGCUCAAGUACUUCCCGUUCAUGAGGGAGCAAUCCAGCCUCAUCAACAGCCACCCACCAAUGAUCAUGCAUAAAAAUUCAAUCGAUGGAUCCACCAAAACGUACAUCUGAAUGAUCGAUAGAAAAUCAUCUGAAGAAACCAGAAGCAGCUACAUAUGUAUAACCUUUCAUUUAUGUUCUCUUGUCAAUCAAGCCACUUCUUCCUCUCCCUGCCACUGGCUCCUAGGCUACUUCUGGAAGUUUAUUAGAAUCAAUAAUGCACAUCACAGCUUGUUGUGCAACAUACAGGCAAAACCAAUUUCUAGUUAUGCUAAUUUCUCAUGUAUAUGACCCUAAAUGUAAAC